AAGGGUAUUGGGCCUGGGCUUGGUCCUGGGCUUGGGCCUUUAUAAGAGGGACCGAUCGAAGGAAAAAAAACGAAGAGGCAAGAAUCAGAUGUGGGUGGGCGUACCGGUAGCAGCAGCAGCAGCAACCACCGUGGGGGGCGUCGUUCUCCGAGGGCGAAUCCCGGCGAUAGUUGCCUCAGCAUCCGGGAGGAUGGGUUCGAGUUCCGUGGGAGCAUUCACAUUCACGAGCAUAAAAGAAAUGGUAACAGUGGAGAGAGAGAUAAAGAAGAGCAAGUUCAUCGCCAUCGCUGGUCCUAUCUCCACCGAGCAAUCCGCUCAAUUGUUCCUAUCUCAGGUCCGUGAUCCUCGCGCUUCUCACAAUUGCUGGGCUUAUAAGAUCGGUGAUCAACACCAUCGAUGUAGCGAUGAUGGUGAACCUUCAGGCACCGCAGGGAAACCGAUUCAAUCUGCAAUUUUGUCUUCUGGUUUAGACAGAGUUAUGGUUGUUGUCAUUAGGUAUUUUGGGGGAAUCAAACUUGGAACUGGAGGUCUUGUUAGAGCAUAUGGUGGUGUUACAUCUGAUUGCUUGAAAGCUGCUCCUACUUGCCUUGUCAAGUCCAAAGUUCAAAUGGGAGUCGAGGUGGCAUUUGAUCUUUUAGGUGUUCUUUACAAUCAGCUGCAAGCGUGUCAGGCUGAGGAAAUUAAGGAAGACUAUGAUACUGGUAAAGAUGGUACUGCCAUGGUUUCUUUCAAGGUUGAAUUUGACCAGGUUGAUAAAUUAGAGGAUGCUAUCAAAUCAAACUGUAGACGAGACCUUGUCUUUUACAAAAAUUGUAGUUAAGUUGAAGCAUUUUUAUGUAAUAAUAAUGAUCUCUACAGAAUGUUGUGAAAGAUGAAGCAGAUUCUUCUUUUUUUUAAGCGACAGAAUGAGAGUGCCUUGUGCGA